UAAAGGUGUAACAGUGUAAUUGCCUAAGUCCCCGUGACAUUAAUGCAUUAAUGACUUACUUAAUGUGGUUUUAUUUAUUUUUCUCUCUGUUUUUAUAUUUUUUUUAAAAGAAAAAUCGUACAUUCAAUAACGUACAGUCGUUAAUUAAUAAAAAAAGUGAAAAAUUGUAAAAUUCUCGUUGAAUAAAAACCGUUAAAAUGCCGAACACGCGGUCCGGAGGUGCAGGUGCAGCAAAUAAUGAAAAAAAUGAUCAGCCAGUUCAACCACCGCCAAAUGCAACGCCUAUAAUGUCAGAAGAACAAAUUCGUCAGAUGGUUACAGGUCAAUUUUCUACUCUCGUGUCAUUAAUUCAAUCGGGUAAAUUAGUACUACCAAAUGUUACUAAUACUAAUACUGAAGAGAGCAGGCUCGCGGAGCUGGACAAGGCCUACCGCACGCCUCCGUUUAUUAUUCCAUCAUUCCAUGAAUCGGAGAAAUUGCAGGGCUACAAGAAUUUUAAAUCCUGGAAAAUUAAAUUAGAAUUGAGCCUGGAAGCAUUAAUGCUUCUUCCGUUUAUUAAAACUGAUGGUGGACAGGCUGUGAAUAUCUCACAAGGUAGGCGCGACGUGUUAAACGCUCAAACUUUGCAAGUAUUGCAAGCUUCACUCUCUCGUUCCAACACAUACCUCAUCCAGAAUUUGAAAUCGGCAUGCGAUGCCUUCAACUUACUGAGUAAAACUUACUCUACCACACGUAUGAGGGAUUAUGUACAGCUGAACAAUCGCCUUGCCAGAGUCUAUUUUAAACCUGGAUAUGACCCAGUACGUUUUGCUACGGACUUCGAGAACUGCAUUGAAGAUUUCACUCAAAUGGGCACUACUUUUAAUCAGGAGUUUAUUACCUCGAUGUUUCUCAACAAGAUUAGUGGUAUAUACGAUCCGAAAACAAUUUACUUUUCUUUUUAUAAUAACAUCGCCUCGCUCACGGACAUGCCAGAGUUCCAAACUGUUAAGGAUGGUUUCUUGCAAUUAGAACACAAAUCAAUACCUCGCCAACCUCUUGCUAAACCUUCAGACGAUAAAGAUAAAAGAAAAAGAUCCUCGAACGAUUCGUCCGGUGCUCCCUCUACUAAGAGGCACACUGACGACAAGAGAAAUACUGGUUCAGUGCAACCUCCGCCUAAGAGAAAAUAUACAGAUGAGCAAAUACUAAAACUGAAAUCCAUGAGCCCAGAUGAGAAAAGAGCUGUACAAUGCUCAAAAUGCAGCGAAUACUUCCACACAGCUGAGACAUGUGUCAAUCCUGGACGUCUGUGUUUCAACUGCCACGGCUACGGGCAUGAAGCAAAAGAUUGUUCCAAACCCCCUCGUAAAAAUGACAAGAGAAACGAAAAGUGACCUUGCUAAAAGUCCGAGCAGACGUUUUCAAACUGGAAGCGCAUAUUUUAUCAGAUGAUUUAGAUGAUACUUGUAAUAAUUCUAAAAACGUUGUUACAAAAAAUGACAUGUAGUGGGGACUAGGGACUCCUAGUUACCUACCUAGUGGGGUAAUUAUGCCCAGGCUGGGGGUAAGCUAACUGGUUUAGCGCCCUCUGGUGGAUUCGUUCCAUCCAGAGGUAGACCCUGCCGAAAGCUCCUGCCUCUGUGCAGUUGUAUAUUAUCUUAUUGACGUAGCAGAGCUUUAACGCUGGCCUCUACGUUUAUAUACGACGCUCAGCAGAAGAAUACCACCGUAUUGUAUCGUGUCACCUGUAUGACUAGGUGACCAUUUUACUUGUAUGUGAAUAAAUAUUGUAUGA